AUGACUCUUUGUGCACUCCGUGGUUCUCAGGCCACAGCUGUCUUUAAAGCAGAUAAUGAUCUUCUGGAGAACCAGUUUUUCAUCAAAACGAUAUGUCUUAGAGAGGAGGCAGGAGAUGAGAUGCAUGUUGUGGCUGUUUGUGAUGGGAUCAGUGGUCCCAAACCAUUGCCCAUCGCUACCCUUCACCAUUGUAUGCCAGUGAUCAGCUUUCCUGUUUUGGAGCUUAUACCCCCUGUCACCUUUAAAUUGUGUUCUGGAAAAGGACCUUUGUUAAUUUCUGCUCUGCAUAUUACAUUGAAUCCUAUUGAAAUGACUGAGUGAGAGGAGGAUGAUGAAGAUGGUUAAAUGACAGUGAUGUGGCUCUGGAGAGCUUUUUUUUUUUUUUUUUUUUGACAGUUCGAAUCAUGAUGGGUUAAUUGGGAAAGCAAUAAUUGUGCAGCCUAUUGAUUUCUGUUACUAAAGCUUCUCGGUGUUACCCAACAAUCAAAUAUUGUUUUAACACUAAUGCAAAAACUACAAGCCUGGGCAACUUGUAAAUUAAUAAAAAUGAG